AUGAAGCAAUUGCACACCAAGCGCCGCUUGGUCCGAACAGCCAUCCCCAAGUAUCGUUUUACGCUGGACACCCUGCUGGCAGAUGGGGACACCCCGGUGAGCUCUAUGCAACAGGAUCUCAACAUCGUCCGGUCGAAGGAGGCAGAGCUCAUCGGCUUCGACCGCGGCAUCCAAGACGCCCUCCAUGAUGCAGCAUUGGAUGACUGCCAGUACCGACAGAUGGGACUGUGUGGUGUCGCCAUCAACGCACCGCGUCCACAGCAGCGUGAACGAGUGCGCGACAUCGCCGACUACGUCGCAGGAGCACAGUGGACGCCCCUACGACCUUCGCCUUCACCGUCACCAGGCCGCUACAUCUCACCGCAACGCCCGCACUACAGCGGCCAUAGCCGAGACCCUCCAGAGAGCAAGGCCCGGAGAGCCGUGUCCUGCACCAGCAAGAGCGCCGAAAAGGACGGCAAGAAGCCUCGUCGGCGCCGCACGGCGUUCACUCAGGCGCAGCUGGCCUUCCUCGAGGCCAAGUUCCGCUACCAGAAGUACUUGAGCGUCUCCGACCGCGGAUCAGUGGCAGAGGCGCUGAGGCUCACCGAGACACAGGUCAAGACUUGGUACCAGAACAGGAGGACCAAGUGGAAGCGGCAGAGCCAGCUGAAAGCAGAGCAGCUUCGUCGGCCGCACCCGGACGCUCAUCUGACAACAACGGUGGCGGCCGGCGUCUACCUCAACCUGCUGUCCCCCGGAGAACAUUGCCUCACCAAGGACGGAUACGUCGGAGGCAUGUUCGUGGCUGGAUUUUAGAGCAUAGAUUGUACAACCGAUCACGAUGUUGUACCAUGCCUACAAAGAACACCUUGUUUAGAUGGACGAAACUACAAUUAUCAUUGUCUGUAUCCUAACUGCAGGCACUGCAAUACUGCAUUC